CAGGAACAGGAGCGGCUGACCGGCUCAGAGGAGCGAGAUAGAGAAAGGGAGAGGGAAGACGUUACAGCGUUAUAGCGCCAUCUAUCCGGUGUGAUUCCGCCUGGACAUCUGUUUAAAGCUGUAAGAGGACAAUAACUGUGGAGAGAGAACAUGAAUCGCCUUUGUAACGUAAACAAUAAUUUCCCGUAUGAUAACAGUCUACUGGUGUUGGACAUGGUUCUGCGGUCGCUAUGGGGAACCACACAGCCAAUCAACUGGGAGAACGUAGCCCGUCUAGUUCCCGGUUUCACUCCCAAAGAGUGUGCACAAAGGUUCGAUGAGCUGAAGAGCACAGGGAAUUUCCCCCUAGUAGACGAGCAGUGUAACGCGCUGUCUGGAGCCAGCAGCUCUCCAUCUGAACCGCUAUCUGCUUACAUCCGAUCCACUUUAUUAGACCUCUGUUGGGAGACAGGGGAGACAGGGACCAACCAGAGCUCCCUCUCAGUGUCGGGAUUAAGCGUGACUCCUGUUGUUCGAGGUGCCAAUGCUGAGAAUGAGAACACUGUGAAAACAGAGGAUGAAGAGAAGGAAGACAGGAAAAGGGAGAGCCCCGUCAUGGUGAUCCAUGUGUGUGACGAAGCCAAGAACCUGAAGCAGGAUUUUGAAUGUCCACGUGACCUGCUGGUCAGAGAAAUGCGCUACUUCGCUGAGUACCUCUCCAUGGACGCUCAGCGCUGGGAAGAGGUGGACAUCUCGGUGCACUGUGACAUCCAGAUCUUCGACUGGCUCAUGAACUACGUCAAAAGAAACUCUGCGGAAGAUGAACCCGGGAAACACUUGGACAAGCCGACCCUGGAGCCCAGCAAUGUCAUCUCAAUCCUGAUCUCAUCCGAGUUCUUGAAGAUGGAUACUUUAGUGGAGGAAUGUAUUCAGUACUGUCAUGAACACAUGAGCGCCAUCGUCGCUACUCCGUGCAACAUGAGCUGCAUCAACAGCAACCUCGCCUCACGCAUCGCCCUGCUGUUCACACACAACCAGGCAGAUGACAUCAAGGACAAAAAGGACAAGUUCAAAAGUAAGUUGUUCCAGAAUAAGAUCGAAAAGCUGUUUGAUCCAGGUUUUGAAAAUCAAGACUCUCCAGGAAACGCUGCUACACUGUACAGGUGUGGUCUCUGCCUUAAGCUUCUCACCAAAGACACAGAAAGGAUGAUUUCCUGCAUUGCAGGCAAAAUUAACAUCAAUAAUCAAGGGGACAUCAUCUACACCCACAGCAGACAAAAGGGCUGGGACGUCCAUGAGUAUCUUAACAGCUUAUAUGAAGAGCUGAAAUCUUGGGUGUUGGUUUACUGGAGGAUCUGGGGCAUCAUCAAUUAUCUCACCUGUUCCUGCUGUAAACAGGUGUUCCUCUGCUGUGACCUGGCUCAGUGCAGGUAUCACCCCGAGGCUGUGGUGUACCCAGGCGUGGGCGCCGAUCGCAGUGAGCAUGGGGCGGGGAUCUACCCCUGCUGCAAGCAGAGAGCACUACGCUUUGACCCAGCUGCCAUGCCCACGGGUUGUAAGAUGAGGGACCAUGUGGUAAAUGUGGCAGAACCUGGGGACCCUGAAGGCAACACAAACUCUAAGCAGACUCGAAUACUGAAUGACCUGCUGCUCCACAGAGACGUUGUGUGCACGAGCUGCCCAACAGCUACAGACAGUUCUGCAGAGUCGCCUAAACAGAGCGAGCAAGUGCAGGACUGUGAUGUCACUUUGGACCAUGCAGCCAUUAAUGUGCAACGAGCCAGAGAAGUCACUGCUUUUUCCCUUUUGAAGAACUUGACUCUCCAGCUGAGGCAGCAGUCCUUGUUUUCUGAGGAUGAGGACUACACAACGGGGUCAGAGGUCACGGAGGACGAAGUAGGGGAUGAGGAUGACACCUCAAAGAAGAAAGCUGUUAAAAAGCCCAGGAAACCAGGCAAGCCUUUGAAAAGACAAGUGUCCUCGCCAAGCAUACUACACAAAGAGCGAUCUGCAGGAGACAAGGCUGCUUCAAAGGACUCGACCCCGUUCACAGUGAGCGUGCAGAAGAGUAAAUGGGACAGCACUCGCUCUUUGAGGUUUAACCAGGAUGCCCAGAGGGAGGAAGAUCAAAGGAGAAUGGUGGAGAUUAUUGACCACCUCACUAAGAUGCGCUUCGGUGACAUGGAACAGAGCAAAUCAAAAGACACUAAGGAGUUCGCAGGAGGUAUCUACUCCAGGUUGGAGGCGCAAUUCAAGAGUGCUACUCAGCUGAGUAACAGACAGAGCACCUCAGACAAAACACUCCGGGCGAAGACACGGUCUGGACAGUCUAGACCAAUGUGAAAGAAACAACAAGAGAGACUGACGUGCUGAUGAAUGAACGAGACUUUUUGAAGAGGUGUUUAAAAAGAAAACAACAACAUGCAUCCUUUGAGUCAUCGCUCUUACCCAGCCUACAGCCUUCCUUCUACUGUAUCUUACACUUUUCAGACAGUCGAGAGGUCUGCAAUAUCAUAAAAAGAGGCCAGAAAAUGCAUUCCUGCAGCAGAACCUGAUUACAAUGCACUGGAUAUUAAUAGCAUUAAAGAAGCUUUUAACAAAUUUGCCCUCUCCUUUACAUACUGUGCUGCUAGCUUUAUAAGACUAUCUUAUUAUUAUUCUCCAUAAUCUUUUAUUUCCUGUCUGUAUCGGCCUCAUUCUGUAACCUCUGGUAUAAAGUACUAUAGUGUUCUAACAUUCAUGUUCCUCAUGUUCUAAUCUCAGGUGAACAAACCCUUCCAACAUUGCUAUUGUAACCUGCACUUUAAACUAUCAUAAACAAGACAGAUCCAGAUCAUCUACAAUAAAA